GGCUGCGCAUUGGCUUGGGGGAUGGAAAACAACAAAAGGAUAAUAAAUAACAAGCAAAACUGGAAUGAGCCAUAACACAACAAUUGUCUCUCGCCGCCUUUUGCGGCAUCGAUUUUAAGGGGGACACAUCCACAUCCGCACAUCACACACAUCCUUUGCAGACAGGACAGCAGGACAGGGAGACUGGGAUUUAGCAAACUAGAACAAGUCCAGCACGUUUGCGGAACCAGUUUUAAUGUCAGAUAGACGUUACUAUUUCACAUCAGAGCAACGAUACAAUACCCCGGGCGCCUUGGACAAUGAUUGUGCCGAAGAUGGGCUUUUGUAUCCCCGCCGGGAUAGCAACAAUGAUAACGAAGACGACAACGACAACGACAAUGGGGCCAAUGCGGACAAUGAGCCGGAUGCGGACAAGGACGACGACUCUGAGUUCCUGCAGGACGUGCCCUACUCAUCCAGCAGCAUUGACCGCAGCUCUGUGGGCUCCAUACCCUGGGCAGACGAUGCCAUCAAGAAGAACCUGCUGGACUGGGAGCGGGUGGAGCGCAUGCUGAGCGGUGAGGAGGAGCUGCCAGAAAAGGAGCCAGAGCUCCGGCACGAGAUCGCCGAUUGGCAGCACAAGUUCCCCAUGCUGGUGGGUCGGAAAGUGGGAAUGCGGUCGCUGCGCAAUCAGAGCUUCGACAGCCAAACGAGGCGCGACGACGAGUCCGUGGACAUAGAUUCCAUUUCAAAUCUCAGUCUGAACUCGCUGGACGAUGAUGAUGAUGAGGAUAUUGAGGACGAUGGCUUUCUAACACCCACGGCAGAGCCACAGAAACAGCACCAGCAGCCUCGGAGCUAUCUGCGCCCCACCCACAAUCUGGUGGACCUCCUGGAUCGCGAUCUGCGCGUCACUUCGGUGUCGGUGAAGCUGCUUAAGCGACAACGCUCCCAGCAGCAGCAACAACACCACCAACCACAGCAGCUGCCCCAAAAACUGAGCUCGGCCACGCCCCAGUCGGCACAUCUGCGGAUGCCGCCCAUACUAAACGUCCUGGACACGAAUCGUCGGUUUCGCGGCCUUCUCAACAACCGCAGCUUCGUGCAGCUAACGCAGGUCCAGCAACAGCAGCAGCAACAACAACAGCAGGCCAAAUCGGCGGCCCUGACUCAUGCGAGCAGUGCAGAGCGUCGACAGUAUCAGUAUCACCAUGCGGGCAACCGCUCCGCCUGGCACAUGCCGAUGGCCGCCAGCCGAUUCUUCUCGAACAACAAGAACGCCAUUGUGCUACCGGCAUUGAAUCUGAGUCGCCACAGGGACUACGGCAGAGCCACGGCCGCCAUCACAACGGCCACGUCCAGCCAGAGCAACUCGAGCGGCGGUGGCGGGCACAAUAGUCACAGCAACAGCAACAGUUCCUCUCGCACCCUGCAUCCAUUCGCGCUGCCGACCAACUCGAGCAACACACCGUCGACGGGUCGCUCGAUCUCGGCUGCAGUGCACCAUCCGCGCUCGGAGUUUGCCUCCAACAGUGCCUUCUACAUACCGUACAGUGCCUCGAAAUUCAAAGCCUUCAAGUAACCUCAUGACAUGUAUACAACUAGCAAUAAAACUGAACUUA